AACGCUAUUGAUGUGAGACAACAUUGAAUGCAAUGAUUGACACAUUGAUUGACAUUUGACUGUAUAUUCAAAUGUGAUUACAAAGAGUCAGAAGUCAAGUGAAGAGUCAUAUGAUAUGUGUUUCAAGUGUUGAUCCGUGUCUUCAAUGGUUAUCAAUGGCAACAAUGUAUUACACGAAGACAUAUAUGAAAGGAUAUUUGGUUCGUCAGUAUUAUCUGUCGGCCAAAGAGUCGGAUGUAACGCUAAAAGUCGGUCGACAGGCGCUGAGUGGCCACAAGUUUGUGUUGGCCAACAAAUCCAUUAUUUUCAAGACCAUGUUCUUCGGCAACUUCAAAGAGGCCAUGGAGUCGGAGAUACAGAUAUCCGAGGAUUACGAUUUGGAUGCAUUUAAACUGGUCCUCAAGUAUUGCUACUUUGAAGAGUUGACAUCAAAGGAUUGGCCAUUAGAACCGUUACCGAUGGCUAUCAAAGUGUUUCAAUUGGCGCACUUCUAUCGGAUCAAACACUUGUGUUUUAUUGCCGAACGAAAGAUAAUUAAUUUGAUAUCUGUGGACAACUUGAUUGAUAUAUUUGAUUUCGGACGACAAUAUCGUCGCAAAAGAGUGAUAGUCUUAUUGAGAAAGUUUAUUAAGACUCACUUCAACGACAUUAUCACUUCCAAUAUGUUUCUAAGUCUGACAUCUGAGACUUUCGUUAGAUAUUUGAUUAAAUUAAUGAAAUGUGAUAAUCAAUUGACACUAAUUAAAGCAUUAAAGAUUGUCGCCGACAAAAACAAUUGGAAAUUAAUUAAAUUUGUCGAUUGUAUUGAUUUAAACAAGUUAUCGGUGGAUGAGUUGAAAUAUUUGGCCGACAAAGACUCAGAUACUUAUAUAGAUCUCUCACUUAAAAAGUUAAGCCAAAUGAGUGAUCGCAUCCAACAACUUGAAAAUCAAAACCAAAGAGUCAAUCAAAGAGAAUCACUUAUCACUGGUUAUCAUCACUUGAGGACAAUGGGGUCUCAUUCGGACAGUUGGGAUGACUGGGGUUUGGAGUAAUGGUUUGUUAUGAUUAAAGUUAACAUAUAUCGGGAAAUUCACAUUUAAAAAAAUAAUAUACCGUUGCAUUACUGAAUUUACUAAAAACAC